AUGGAGAAACCUAAACUCAAGCACUGUGCCGCGGUGAAGCGCAUCUUCCGCUAUCUAUCAGGAACCAAGACGCAUGGCAUCCGCUUCAAGCAUGGUGACAAGGUGGACUUUCACAGGUACUCCGCAGAUUGGGCUGGUGACCACUCCGACCGCAAAAUCAACUUCGGGCUACACGUUCCUGUUGAUGAGCGCACCUGA